AAAAAAUAAUAAACAUUUUAGGAUUUGGAUGAUAAAGUAUCGAAAAUUUAAUGCAUAUAAAUUUAUAAUAAAUUACACUGAAGAAAAGUAUGACAUGUCCUAGAGUAAAUGGUGAAUAAGUAAUGUAAUUGCUGGCAUUCCUUCAUUACAUUAUUUGGCAUUGCAUAGAUUGCUAUAUUUGAAGUAAUCGAUCGCUCCAGGAUGCGCGCGCCAUGUCCAAGACAUGGGUGGAAUAAUAUUCCACUAAAGAAACUUAAAUUCUAAAUCUCGUGGACCUGUAGUCGGAGUUUAAAACAGUCUGAGAUAACUAAAGAUGACAGUUGAUUUUGAAACACGUGAGUAAAUAUUUAUCACGGAAUGAAAGACAGUUCGAGUAGUCUGACACGAAAUAAAUAAUAAUUUAUCACUUGGAAUAAUGACACCAGCAUGUCAUUUAUUAGCAUUGGAUUGUAAUAGUUAUCCAGUGUCUAGACCUAGAACUUGUUUGAAGAAAUUCAAUAAUUUUAGUAAAAGAUAGACGGAAUUUUCAAAAAGUUCAGAUGAGUAAUCAUUCACGAACUGUAAGUUUAUUAAGUGUGAUAGCCUUAUGUAUAAUAAACAUAACCUUGACCUUUUUUCUACUUCAAUCCCCGACCUGCGACCCGAGCGAGAUCCCCGAGGAAUUAAAAUACGAGGCUGUGACAACAUGGGACGUCGAGUCGCAGCCGGAAGACAACAAGUCAACCCAGUGCCUACCCCCUCACACGUACUUGAACCCCAACAUGAAUCUAAUCAACACCUCCCACUCCAAAGAGAACAUCCUCAACCUGGACAUUCGCUUGGGAAGGUAUGACAACCGGCGACUGUUCAAGACCUUCGACACGGUGCUGAUUGGCACCAGAUUCGCGGAAUUGUCGACGACAAACUUGGUCUGUCUGGCGACCCAGACUUCCUUAGAGAAGCUGCACUCGCUGGUCCAGGUUGCCCACCACUGGACCGGCUCGAUUUCCGUCGCUCUUUACUCUGCUGGCGACGAGGAGUUCGAAGCUCUCCAGAAGUACAUCGUGUACCUGAGGAAGUGCUACACGCCGGUUCUCGAGCGUAUUAAUUUUUCUCUAGCGAUGCCCAGGAGCAAACUGCCCUCGAAGCAGCCCCGCAGUUUCGAGCCUCCCAUGGACUUCGGGUGCUCCAGACCCGAGGCGACUUUGAAUGACCUGGUGAACAAGAUCUCCAAGGAACACACCAACUGGCGAGUGAGGAAUGUUUAUCCGCAGAAUCAUAUGAGAAACCUCGCCAGGAAAAAUUGCCAAAAUGACUGGGUUUUUCUUACGGAUAUUGAUAUUAUUCCCAGUAUCGGGCUUGCCAAUUCGAUAAAUUUAUUUUUACGUGAUACUGAACGCUGUGAUAAGUGUGCUUACGUUAUUCCUACUUAUGAAAUAGAUACCAGGGUCAGAUUUCCUGGAAAUAAAACUGAGUUGGUCAGAUUGGCCCGCAAAGGUUUGGCUAGACCUUUUCAUUGGAAGGUUUUUAUUCACAAUCAAUACGCUACUAAUUUUACAAGAUGGGUUUUAGAUGUAGCACCAGAGUCUAAGAACUAUAAAAAUAUAGUUACUGGAAAAGCGUACAUAAGUCAUAAUGUUACUGACUUUGAAUUUCUUUACGAGCCUUUUUAUAUUGCUAAAGAUAUUGUACCUCCACAUGACGAAAGAUUUAUGGGCUAUGGAUACACGCGCAAUACUCAAGUUUAUGAAAUGUUUAUCGCUGGUUAUCAAUUCAAAGUCCUCUCACCAGUUUUCACAAUACAUUGGGGCUUGCAGACGAGAAAAAGUCGGUCAGUUUGGCGUGAAAGACAAAACAUCAUCAACAGACGACAAUUUGAACAGUUUAAAAAAGAAAUUUAUACAAAGUAUAUGCACAAUACGUUGGGAUUGAUUAAUACAUUUUACUAAACAAAGAUAACUAUAUAUAUAAAAAUAUAUAUAAAUAUAU